AUGCAGAAGCCCAGCGGCCUGAAGCCCCCCGGCCGUGGGGGGAAGCACUCAAGCCCCAUGGGGCGGACGUCCACUGGGUCAGCCUCGGCCUCUACCACCGUGGCGCCCACUGGCUCUAAGGAAGGCUCCCCCCUGCACAAGCAGGCUUCGGGCCCCCCGGCCGCGGCCCCCGCCGCCCCCGAGAAGCCUGGCGCCAAGGCAGCCGAGGUGGGCGACGAGUUCGCCGGGGACUUCGUGGUGGGCGAGCGCGUGUGGGUGAACGGCGUGAAGCCGGGCGUGGUGCAGUACCUGGGGGAGACGCAGUUCGCGCCCGGCCAGUGGGCGGGCGUGGUGCUGGACGAGCCGGUGGGCAAGAACGACGGCGCGGUGGGCGGCGUGCGCUACUUCGAGUGCCCGGCCCUGCAGGGCAUCUUCACGCGGCCCUCCAAGCUCACGCGGCAGCCCGCCGCCGAGGGCUCGGGCAGCGACGCCCACUCGGUCGAGUCGCUGACCGCCCAGAACCUGUCGCUGCACUCGGGCACCGCCACGCCGCCGCUCACCAGCCGCGUCAUCCCCCUGCGGGAGAGCGUCCUCAACAGCUCGGUCAAGACCGGCAACGAGUCGGGCUCCAACCUCUCGGACAGCGGCUCCGUGAAACGCGGCGACAAGGACCUGCGCCUGGGAGACCGCGUGCUGGUUGGCGGGACGAAGACUGGCGUGGUGCGGUAUGUGGGGGAGACAGACUUUGCCAAGGGCGAGUGGUGUGGCGUGGAGCUGGACGAGCCUCUUGGGAAGAACGAUGGGGCGGUGGCGGGUACCAGGUACUUCCAGUGCCCACCCAAGUUUGGUCUCUUUGCACCCAUCCACAAGGUGAUCCGCAUCGGCUUCCCGUCUACCAGCCCGGCCAAGGCCAAGAAGACCAAGCGCAUGGCCAUGGGUGUGUCAGCACUUACCCACAGUCCCAGCAGCUCCUCCAUCAGCUCCGUCAGCUCCGUGGCCUCCUCCGUGGGCGGCCGGCCCAGCCGCAGUGGCCUGCUCACCGAGACCUCCUCGCGCUACGCCCGCAAGAUCUCGGGCACCACGGCCUUGCAGGAGGCGCUGAAGGAGAAGCAGCAGCACAUAGAGCAGCUGCUGGCUGAACGGGACCUGGAGCGGGCCGAGGUGGCCAAGGCCACGAGCCACAUCUGCGAGGUGGAGAAGGAGAUCGCCCUGCUCAAGGCGCAGCACGAGCAGUAUGUUGCAGAAGCAGAAGAAAAGCUGCAGCGGGCCCGGCUCCUGGUGGAGAGCGUGCGGAAAGAGAAGGUGGACCUGUCCAACCAGCUGGAGGAGGAGAGGCGGAAGGUGGAGGACCUGCAGUUCCGAGUGGAAGAGGAGUCCAUCACCAAGGGAGACCUGGAGACCCAGACGCAGCUGGAGCACGCGCGCAUCGGGGAGCUGGAGCAAAACCUGCUACUGGAGAAAGCGCAGGCCGAGCGGCUGCUCCGAGAACUAGCCGACAACCGGCUGACCACGGUGGCCGAGAAGUCACGGGUGCUGCAGCUGGAAGAGGAACUCAGCCUGCGUCGCGAGGAGAUCGAGGAGCUGCAGCAGUGCCUGCUCCACUCCGGCCCACCGCCCGCCGACCACCCCGAGGCCGCCGAGACCCUGCGGCUGCGGGAGCGGCUGCUGUCGGCCAGCAAGGAGCGCCAGCGGGAGAGCGGCCUGCUGAGGGACAAGUACGAGAAGGCGCUGAGGGCCUACCAGGCGGAGGUGGACAAGCUGCGGGCGGCCAACGAGAAGUACGCACAGGAGGUGGUGGACCUGAAGGCCAAGGUCCAGCAGGCCACCAGCGAGAACAUGGGCCUCAUGGACAACUGGAAGUCCAAGCUGGACUCGCUGGCCUCGGACCACCAGAAGUCCCUGGAGGAUCUCAAGGCCACCCUGAACUCGGGCCCUGGCGCCCAGCAGAAGGAGAUCGGGGAGCUGAAGGCCGUGAUGGAGGGCAUCAAGAUGGAGCACCAGCUGGAGCUGGGCAACCUGAGGGCCAAGCACGACAUCGAGACAGCCGUGCACGUGAAGGAGAAGGAGGGCCUGCGACAGAAACUGCAGGAGGCCCAGGAGGAGCUGGCUGCCGUGCAGCAGCACUGGUGUGCCCAGCUGGAGGUGCAGGCCAGCCAGCACCGGCUGGAGCUACAGGAGGCCCAGGACCAAUGCCGCGACGCUGAGCUGCGCGUGCGCGAGCUGGAGAAGCUGGACGUGGAGUACCAGGGCCAGGCGCAGGCCAUCGAGUUCCUCAAGGAGCAGAUCUCCCUGGCCGAGAAGAAGAUGCUGGACUAUGAGCUGCUGCAGCGCUCCGAAGCCCAGAGCAAGCAGGAGGCUGAGAGGCUGCGGGAGAAGCUCCUGGUCACCGAAAACAGACUCCAGGCCGUCGAGUCCCUGUGUUCGGCCCAGCACACCAAUAUGAUUGAGUCCAACGACAUUUCAGGGGAGAAGAUCAGGAUGAAGGAGACUGUGGAGGGCCUGCAGGACAAGCUGAACAAGAGGGACAAAGAGGUGACAGCCUUAACAUCUCAGACCGAGAUGCUCAGGGCCCAAGUAAGUGCACUGGAGAGCAAGUGCAGGUCGGGCGAGAAGAAGGUGGACACCCUCCAGAAAGAGAAGCGGCGCUUGGAGGCGGAGCUGGAGGCCGUGUCCCGGAAGACCCAUGAUGCCUCGGGCCAGCUGGUCCUCAUCAGCCAGGAGCUGCUCCGGAAGGAGCGGAGUCUGAACGAACUGCGGGUAUUGCUGCUGGAGGCCAAUCGCCACUCCCCGGGGCCUGAGAGGGACCUGAGCCGGGAGGUCCACAAGGCUGAGUGGCGGAUCAAGGAGCAGAAACUCAAGGAUGACAUCCGAGGCCUGCGGGAAAAGCUGACCGGGCUGGACAAAGAGAAGUCCCUAUCGGAUCAGAGGCGAUACUCCCUCAUCGACCCGUCCUCAUCCUCGGCACCGGAGCUCCUGCGUCUGCAGCACCAGCUGAUAAGCACGGAGGACGUGCUGAGGGACGCGCUGGACCAGGCUCAGCAGGUGGAGAGGCUCGUGGAGGCCAUGAGGAGCUGCCCGGACAAGUCCCAGGCCGUUGGCAAUUCCGGUUCUGCAAACGGCAUCCACCAGCAAGACAAGGCCCACAAACAAGAGGACAAGCACUGACCCUAAGGGACACCGUGGAGCAGCCCAGUCCGGACCAGAGCCCCUCCAGCCUGCCCCGGCGGUGCCCCCUCCACGCAGGGGGCAGGACUGUCGCUUUGAAGACGAGAACAGUGUUUGUAACAAUGAUGUACACACGGCCAUGGACAAUCCCCCACCCCGGACCCCUUGCCAGACCAGAAGGCUUCCUCAAGCACGACCUUCGACGGAGAGCGGUACAGCCCUGGCCUGGCCCCCCGGGACCUGCAGCCUGAACGCCCUGGACACUCGGCAGUUUCUAGAGUUGGCUCGGGAAGGCCGGGGUGAUCCAAACAGGCCCCUCUCCCCAGGAGGCGCUGCCCUGAGGACCGUCUUGGCCCCUGGGCAUGUCCCCACUCCCUUUCUUCCCCUCCUUCUCCUGGGGGUCCCUCUCAGACCCCCGAGAGCCAUUGUCCCAGGAAGGGGCCAGAGGAGGGCCCCAGCUUCCCCUUCAGGGGAAGGAGAGAAAUCCGGUCAUUUGGAAGCAAGAGGAGACCCCCUUUUCUGCAGCCUCUUCCAGACUAAGGCAGUCCCCAGGGCUUGUCCCCACACACUGAGCCUCUUGCAAACAGUGGUACAAAUUCCCCUCAGCCAGUCUGCCCAGCAAGGCCCCAGGUUCAAAGUGCUGGGAGGUAGGCCGUUUGUUCCGACCCCAGCGCACACGCAGCUCCAAGCUGCUGCUGUCUGGAGGGUGGUCCCCAAGGCCAGGAGCCACAGUAUGAGGAAAGUCUGGAAGCCCCUUUCCUUCUCCCACCCAUCCCCAGAGACCUGGCUUGGAGCUGGGGCAGGAAGGUCACAGGGAGGCCCCAAACCAGCCCUUUGACUGGUAGGUCAUAUGCUGUCCCCGGGUUGACUCGAUGUUCUGGAACCGGCCUCCUACUGGUGCAGACCCCGACGUAUACACCUUCUGACCUUGGCACAGGCGCACUCAGAGGGGUCACGCAUGCACACAUGCCAUGUGGGUGGGACCUUUGCAGUCAGUCAUGCUCGGACCACAUGGAUGCUCACCCUCGGGCUCCAGGAUGGAGCCCCAGGCCUGGCAGGGCUGCAGUUGCACACACUACAAACGUGCCUGCAGCCUCGUCGUGCACGGAAUCAGCCAGGUACACGUGGGUGAGCCUUCAGGGAGGCGUGGCCAUGCACAUGCAACUGAACACACAGCCCAACAGCCCCCUUUCAGUGGUACGAGGCGUCUGCCUGGGCAUUUUAAGUCCUGUCUCCUGUAGCCAAGGAUUGAUUGGGGAAGAAAAAUCUCCUACCUCCCCUCAAGCCUGCCAAGUUACUCCAGCCUCGUUUGUGAUGGGAAAGCCAGCGUCUGCCCAAAGCCCCACCUCUAGAGCCGGGAGACCUACAGAUGGUUGCCUUGCACUGCAGCGUCUCCAUGGAGGCCUGCCCCCCCUCCCCCAGCUUACGGGCCUCUCCCCUUAGGGGUAGAGGGGAUUCCCGAUGGGCCAGCAUGGUGUUCCCCAGUUGUACCAGGACAGGUAUGCAGGUGGUGCCCAGGUCACCCCUGAGUGCUCCCAGGUACAGGUGGGUGGUCUUCACAUCCUUGCCCCAAAGCAGCCCACCCCGGGGGCAGCCAGUUAGUCCUCGCGGCCCCUCCUCGCUCCCCGUUGGCUUUCGGUAGCUCUUGCAUGCGGUUUCAUUAACAACAGUCUAGAAGCAAUGCUGUAGUGGCUUAACCCAGAGUCAAAUACUACUCUUUCCAGCAAAAUCAGGCAGCUGCCCUGCCCACUGGAGGCACUGAUUAGUCUACUAACAGCCAAAAGCCCACUCUGCGAGGAGCUGAGCCCCCGGGGAUGGGCUGGCAGGUGGCCAGCGCUUUCCCCAUGAACAUCUGCUCCUGCCCAGUGUGUGCUCAGCCGUGCCCCUCCUUAAGCCCUCCU